AUGGCCAAUGCCACAUACUCACAGCCGACGGUGCUGGCACUCAGUUUUGGAGAACUGACGGCAGUGAAAUAUCUCUACGGCGCCAUUGUUUUCCUCAUCUUCCUGAUGAUCGUUGCAUCCAGUAGCGCAGUGAUCGGCACCAUCAUCCUGCACAGGAGUCUGCACGAGCCAAUGUACAUGUUUAUUGCUGCCCUGUGCAUGAAUGGCCUUUAUGGGGGUAUUUGCUUCUUUCCUGCCCUCUUUGUUAACCUUCUUUCCCAAAUCCAAACCGUUUCCUAUAUUGGCUGCUUAAUUCAGGUAUUUGGUAUCCAUAGCUAUUAUGGGUGUGAGAUAACUGUCCUGGCUGUUAUGGCGUUUGACCGCUAUGUGUGCAUCUGUAACCCUCUGAGAUACCACAGCUUGAUGACCUCCGGCACGGUGUUGAAGCUGAUUGGUGCGGCCUGGUUGUCCCUUAUCAUCCCGAUUACUAUCCACGUGAUACUGACCAUCCGCCUGCCCUUGUGCAGCUCCGUCAUACAGAAGAUCUACUGUGACAACUGGUCAGUGGUGAGACUCUCCUGCAUAGACACCACCCUGAAUAAUGUAUUCGGCCUACUGCUAACAUCGGUCACUGGCUUACUGCCGGGGGGUAUCUUUAUCUCGUAUCUGAAAAUUCUUAGGGUGUGUAUGAAGUCCUCCAAGGAUUUCAGGGCCAAAGCCUUGCAGACCUGCACCCCCCACCUCGUAUCCCUCCUCUACUUUGCAGUAGAUAUCUUCUGUGACUUACUUCUGCUUCGUUUCCCUAUUAAUUCCAUGCCGUAUCAUCUAAAGAUUAUCAUAUCCGUGCAAGCCUUUGUUUUUGCCCCUCUUCUAAACCCCCUAAUGUAUGGUCUGAAACUGAGGGAAAUAAGAGUAAAAAUAGGGCAGAUCUUUUGUUUGAAGAACAUUCCAGAGGCAGAAAGACAUGGGAAAGUGCAGGAACACUGA